AGCUGCCCUCCAGGAGAUUAGGUUUGCCUCUGGUUCAGACAACGCUUGUCCAGUUCGCGAGGCGAUUUGUCUCACUGGCCAACACUCCCAGAGCAGCUCCGUCAUCUGUAGCCUGCUUCAAAUGUAGGACCAGGACAAGAUGGCGGAUAUUUCUUUGCUUCAAGAGGAUUCCCAAGAGGAGUUAGACGGGUUUGGUGGUGAUGACUACAGCUUAGAGUCUGACGUCAUUGUUCUACCUUCAGCCCUGGACUGUGUCUCUCAAGAUGAGAUGCUAACCCCGCUCGGUCGUCUUGACAAAUACCUGGCCAGCGAAAACAUCUUCAACAGACAGAUGGUGGUCCGGAGUCUACUGGACACGCUGAAGGCAGUCAGUGAGGAUGAGAGGGAGUGUAUUGCUGUCCUGGAAAGAGUAGCCAGAUUGGCUGACGACUCAGAGUCCACAGUUAGAGCAGAGCUGAUGGAGCAGGUGCCCCACAUGGCCAUCUUUUGCCAGGAAAACGUCCCUGCCAUCCCUUACGCCUUCUCCACCUACCUGCUGCCCAUAGUGGUGCGCUACCUAGCUGACCAGAACAACCAGGUGCGUAAGACGAGCCAGGCGGCCCUGCUGGUGCUGCUGGAGCAGGGUCUUGUAGAGCGUGGAGAUGUGGAGAAGCUGGUGUGUCCUGUCCUGGUGGACCUGACCGCCCCUGACAGCAAUGACGACGUCAAGACGGAAGCCAUGGCUAUCAUCUGUAAAAUGGCUCCCAUGGUGGGGAAAGACAUCACAGAGCGCCUGUUCCUUCCACGCUUCUGUGAGAUGUGCUGCGACUGUCGCAUGUUUCACGUACGCAAGGUGUGUGCGGCUAACUUUGGGGACAUGUGCAGUGUGGUGGGAGGAGAGGCCACAGAGGAGCUGCUGCUCCCCAGGUUCUUCCAGCUGUGUUCUGACAACGUGUGGGGUGUGAGGAAAGCAUGCGCUGAGUGCUUCAUGACCGUCUCCUCCGCAACCUCCCAAGAAGUCCGUCGGACCAAGCUCUCCUCCCUCUUCAUCAGCCUCAUCAGUGAUCCCUCCAGAUGGGUGCGUCAGGCAGCCUUCCAGUCUCUGGGUCAGUUCAUCUCUACCUUUGCCUGCCCCGCCCCCUCACAGGUGGACUGCACCUGUGACCACACACACAACAGUAUUGAGGAGCGACCAGUCACCAUGGAGACACUCAGGACAGACUUUGAUAGGCUUGAGGAUUCUAAGCACAGCCCGCCCUGUCCAUGGGCCUCUGGUGGCCAUGGCGACCAGCCCCAUAGCGAGGAUGGGGGGCUUUGUCAGGUGGAGGAAGGCAUUGUGGAUGUAGCAGAGGAGGGAGGUGGGGAGCAGGGUGCAGAGGUCAUGGUUGAGGUCAUCGUUGAUCCUGACCCCUACCCUGCUGAGAAAGACCCUAUAGAAACCGCAAGGGCUGAGAAGUUGGAGGACACACACACACCCGAGGACACACAAACACCUGAGGGUGUACCUGGAGAGGACGUACCUGAGCCUUCAGCCAGAGACACUCCUCCACGGGAGGCUAUGUCUGUAGACACUGGAUGUGCUGGAAGUGUUGUCUCUGUGUCUGAGGUCAGGCCAGCCGGCGGUGUACCAGAGCAAGAGCUCUACAACUCCUUCCACUUCUGGAGGACACCCAUUCCAGACAUUGACCUGGAGCUGGAACUGCUGCCGCCCCAUGGGAUGUCCAGCCAGCCUUGGCCCAGCCUCGGUUCCCCCAGCCUGGAUACCAGCUUGUCCUCAGCCCCCCCUCCCUCCGUGGGCCCUAGCUUGGGGAGGAGGCAGCUGGAGGAGCUGAUAGAGAACCUGGAGCCCCACAUAGACGACCCGGAUGUGAAAGCUCAGGUGGACGUCCUGACCGCUGCCCUGAAGGCCACAGCCAUGGAGCCUGGCCGUGGGGUCAGGGGUCAGGGGGUGGGCUUUGGGCUACAGGACGAGUAUCCUGGAGACGAGUCUGAGCUCAGCGAUGGCAGCUUCACCCAGGAAGACGACAGGAGGUCCAAGCAGCAGGAUGUGGUCCCCCAGGCUCUACUGGACCAGUACCUGUCCAUGACGGACCCGUCGAGAGCCCAGACGGUGGACAUGGAGAUAGCCAAGCACUGUGCCUACAGCCUGCCCGGGGUGGCCCUCACCCUGGGGCCCCACAACUGGCACUGCCUCCGGGACACCUACGAGACCCUGGCUUCAGACAUGCAGUGGAAGGUGCGUCGGACACUGGCAUUCUCCAUCCAUGAGCUGGCUGGGAUUCUGGGAGCGCAGCUUACCGCUGCAGACCUGGUGCCCAUCUUCAACAGCUUCCUGAAGGACCUGGACGAGGUCCGCAUAGGGGUCCUCAAACACCUCUACGACUUCCUCAAGCUUCUUCACCAGGAGACCAGGCGUAAAUAUCUCUACCAGCUUCAGGAGUUCCUGGUCACUGACAACAGCCGUAACUGGCGCUUCAGAUCUGAGCUGGCAGAACAGUUGGUGCGGCUGCUGGAGCUGUACAGUGGUCAGGAUGUGUAUGACUACAUGAGGCCGCUGGCCUUCAGCCUGUGCACUGACAGAGUCUCCUCCGUACGCUGGACCUCCUACAAACUGGUCAGUGAGAUGAUCAGGAAGCUGGGGACCUGCCAGAGCCUGCUGGCUGACCUGCUGUCUGAACUGGUUCACAAGUUCUGCCACUCCCCCAAGUGGUCUGGGAGACAAGCCUUUGCCUUGAUCUGCCAGCUGUCCGUAGAGGAGGAGUGUGUGUCUCUGGAGCAGUUCUCUGAGCACCUGUUGGCUCCUCUGCUGCAGCUCUGCUCCGACCCCGUCCCCAAUGUCAGAGUGCUGCUGGCCAAGACCCUGCGCCAGAGCCUGCUGGAGAGAGAGUAUUUCCUGCAUUCUGCCAGUGUCCACCAGGAGGCGAUGGAGCAGACGCUGGUGGCGCUGCAGACCGACCUUGACAAGGACGUUAAAUACUUUGCCAGCGUGCAUCCUGGGAACACACGUCUCAACGACGAUGCCAUGAGCACAACCUCCUCCACAUACUGAGUCCAGUAAACACAAACGUACACACACAUUGACUGCUCAGAGCCAGUUGUGCUCCUCUAGUGUGAUUUUCUCUGUACCACAGAAGCCUUAAUCAUGUCUUCCUUAAUGAAAACUUGAAUUUCUGGAAGUUUAUGGACCAUUUCUCCUGUCUGAAGCCAUCCUCAGCUAGAUUCAGCGCCAGGCAGGACAGCCCUGACUGGGUCCUGUUUGAUACUGUAGAGAUUACCUCACUUGGCACCCACCACUCUCAGCUUCCCCAUGGCAACUGGGUGUGCUUGUGCAGGUGGCUGGAGUUUCGUCUCCAAGGGCUCUUCAUGGUUUUAAACUGUAGUGCAGCACAUUGUUGUAUUCAUGGUAACAGCAGUGUAGGGCAUAGCCUUGUAUUUUUAUAUGAUAUUCUGUUGCCCAGAAACAACCACUAGAUCCUGGGCUUUUAACCCCCCAGACUGUACAUAUCUGAUGCUUCUUCCCCUUGUUGAUCAGUGAUCAUGAAUAGUAUUGUGAUGCAACUGUUCUAUUUUCCUGUCUGCCAUCAAAAUAAAUAAAGCACAUACUAAAUCUCA